AAGCAUCAACAAAGAAGGCCUUGGGAUACGUUUUCAGUGACCUUGCAAACAAACUGUCCUCAGAUGUCCUUGUGUUAAGGAUUCGGCACAGUUCAGUCUACGUGUGGCCUAACAGUGGUACGAACACUGUUCCAGAGCUGACUGAUGAUUCGGCUUGUAAGGAGAUAAGACGAUUCAUACAAUUUGAUCAAGAUGAUGAGACCAAACGAAAGCUUGGCAAAAAGAAGGAUAAGAAGCUGCAAGAUACGCAGGAGAUAGUCAAUGUAGACCUCAUGUUGGAAAUGACGUCUUCGUUAGCUGCUUUGGCCCCAGUCGUUGAAAGGGAAAAUAAGGAACACCACUACGUUAAUAUGACGUUACCGGUCGAUGUUGUUGUGUCUGUUUCUCCGGAAGAAGCAUGGGGAAAGGUACAGAAUCUCCUGGUGACAGCAAUUCACAGGCAGUUAACUGACAUGGAAAAAUGUAUCAUGAAAUACAUGAAGGGAACAUCAAUUGUCGUACCAGAACAAUUUCAUUUCAUGUUACCAGGGAAAAAUCAUCUCGUAACGAUCUCGUAUCCUACGGGUAUUCCAGAUGAUCAACUGGAAAGUUACAGAAAGGAAUUGCAUGGGUUAUUUCAUCUGCCUUGUGACAGACCGUAUUUCAAGAGAGCAAAUGCUUACCAUUUUCCAGAUGAACCAUAUAAAGAUGGAUGUCUUAGAAAUCCACAUUUACAUCUUAAUCCACCUGGUGCAGAGUCUGGUGUGGUUUGUCUGGUACAUGGUGUGUAUGGUUACCACCACUACAUGCAGGAUCGGAUCGAUGACAGUGGCUGGGGCUGUGCCUAUCGGUCUCUGCAGACAAUCUGCUCAUGGUUCAAGCACCAGGGUUACGUGGAUGCGCCCAUACCAACACACAGGGAAAUUCAGCAGGCGCUGGUUGAUGCUGGAGACAAGCCCGCAGCAUUUGUUGGGUCACGGCAGUGGAUCGGUUCCAUUGAGGUACAGCUUGUUUUGAAUCAGCUUUUUGGGAUAACAUCAAAAAUAUUAUUUGUCAGCCAGGGUUCUCAACUAGCGUUGCAGGGAAGAGAGCUUGCCAAUCAUUUCAAGACUGAAGGGACACCCGUUAUGAUUGGUGGCGGCGUCUUGGCUCACACGAUACUGGGAGUGGCCUGGAAUGAGAUUACGGGGCACAUAAAAUACUUGAUUCUCGACCCGCAUUACACUGGGGGAGAAGAUCUGCACGUGAUUUUGGAAAAGGGCUGGUGUGGAUGGAAGGGCCCGGAGUUUUGGAGCCAGGACGCCUAUUACAAUCUCUGCCUACCUCAGCGACCCAAAACCAUCUGA